UAAAUCUCCCUUCCACCUCUAUUCUCUUGCUUCUGUGUCUCUUCCUAUGGCUGCUCUCCCUACUUUCUCUCUUCAUACAUAAAUCUCUCUAUAUCUAUAUAUCUAUAUAUACAUGUCCUCCUCUUCUUCACUUCACUUCACCCACUCAGAUCAUCACCUUUCAGCUUCACACAGAAUACAAGUUUUUCUCCGAUUUUGAAACCCCAUUUCUGCUUAAAGCUCUUCUCUUAUUCUUUCCCUGAAAGCUAACUUCUGUAGUAAAAUGCAUCUGUGCGGGGGAGGUUUUAUGUAUUUUGCAUCACUGUAUUAGUUCAUAGUCCAUGGUUCUAUUUAUAGCUUCGCAUUUGAAUUUUUGAGUGCUAGUUAGUGUAGUGAGGACUAAAAGCUAGCGAUGUUGGAUCUCAAUUUGAGGGCAGUCUACGAUGAGAGCAGCUUCGAGAAGCGUCUGGAAGGUUCCGGGCCUGAUGAAUCGGCGACCUCCGACUCGUCGAUGCUGAAUGGCGAGGCUUCCAGCAAUGCCGGCGACGAAGACACGUGCUCCACGCGCGCCGGAUACGGCGCUGCCUUCGAUUUCAACAUCCUCCAGGCGGGGAGCAGAAACAGCUACGGCCGCGCUGGGUAUGAGAACCGUCAGGCGGCGCAGCCGGAGUACGUCACUCGGCAGCUGUUCCCGGCGGGUGAGAGCGCGGGUCAAACAUCCGGGAGGUUUGACUGGGAGGUAGAUCCCUCGUUCCAUCAGGCGGGGAUGCUAAUGGAAGAGCGGAGACAACAGGCUCCGCCGCCGCCGCCGGCGGCUCAGCGGCAACAGAAAGUGAAGAAGAGCAGGAGAGGGCCGAGGUCUCGGAGCUCACAGUACAGAGGAGUGACUUUUUACAGAAGAACUGGUAGAUGGGAAUCGCAUAUCUGGGACUGUGGGAAACAAGUAUAUUUGGUUCUACUCGUGACCUUUGACUUGGGUUUCACCAGGCGGAUUUGACACUUCCGAUGCAGCUGCUAGAGCAUAUGAUAGAGCUGCUAUCAAGUUCCGUGGGGUUGAAGCUGACAUAAACUUCAAUUUAAAUGACUAUGAGGAGGAUAUGAAACAGAUGGAGAACCUCAGUAAGGAAGAAUUGGUACACAUGCUGCGACGGCAGAGUACUGGGUUCUCCCGGGGAAGCUCCAAAUACAGAGGUGUCACACUGCAUAAAUGUGGGCGAUGGGAAGCUCGGAUGGGGCAGUUCCUAGGAAAGAAGUAUAUUUAUCUUGGGCUAUUCGACAGUGAAGUUGAAGCUGCAAGGGCUUAUGAUAAGGCAGCUAUUGAAUGUAAUGGAAGGGAGGCUGUUACUAACUUUGAGCCCAGUAUGUAUGAUGGAGGAACCACCAUAGACUCUCAUAAUGAAGGUAGCCAACAUGAUCUUGAUCUGAACUUGGGGGUUAAAAGCUAUCCUCCUGAUCAAAUUGUGAGUAUGGGGGAGUUUCUGGUACCAUAUUAUGCUUCUUGAUUUGAUGAAUAGUUUUGGUCAAACAACAUUCGGUAGUUCACAUCCAAACCUACCUCAAAUGACAUCAGAGCAACCUCAAUUGUUGAACGGAUUCUACUCUCAGUUCUACCCUAAUUACGAGCAAACAGCAAAUGCUCAAAGAAUGU